CCAAGCGGUUCGUCUCCACAGAUAGGCGCAGAGCUUAUUUUGGGAAGGUUGCCACUUUUGAGCCAGUGAUCAACACCCCCCAUACCAGUACCGGUACCACCCAACCAUACUCAGAGCGAAGAACCACGCAAGAGGGAGUUUAAGAGCACCAUGAUGUCAAGAGCAAUUCUCCUUUUGUUGCUGUUUGGGUGGGUUAGCCCUGUCACCUCUAGUUCAGCUUCGUGCGGUCAGGAGGGUGGGAAUUUGACGAGGAAGAGACGUUCCAGGCUGCGGGGAUUGGCAGUUGGAAGCAGCGGCGUUGGCGAUUUUACAGACGGGGGUGACGGCGGGGGAUCAAGCCCCGACGCCCCGGAUGAUUUCGCUGAAGGCCCUGACGAUUCAGGCUGUGAUGGAAACGGAAGCGUCCCCUCGCCCAGCGGCAAGGGCAAUGACAACCCAAGCCCUGGACAACAACUUCCAGAUAUUGGAGUUGCACCCGGUCCGGCUCCUGCCAAUGCACCGCCAACAGAUGCUGCCAAAGGCACUAGCUUAGAAUCAGAGUGUUUCUCGGCUGAUGCUACAGUGGACGUCUUGGCAGCGGAUAGCGUUGUGAAUUCAGAUGAGAUAAAUGAAGGAGAUAUAGCUACUGUUUCAAUGUCAGAUCUGCGAGUCGGUGACAAAGUCUUGUCAAGAACAAAUCAGUUUGAGCCUGUGUAUGCCUUUGGACACUGGAACCCCCAUGCCAUCAACAAGUUCCUCAAGAUUCAAUCAAGCUCUGAUGAGUCUCCUCUUGAAGUUUCGAGUGAGCAUUUUGUGUAUAUCCAAGGCAGCAAGAAUCCCAUCAGAGCAGCUUCAGUUCAAGUUGGAGAUGUCUUGCAGGGUGUGGCUCCAUCAAUGAAUGCUACUGGUGCGGAGCAAGGCCUGGUUGUGGAGUCCCUCACAAGCAUUGAGAAGAUGGGUUUGUAUGCUCCACUGACAGCAAGUGGUGUCUUUGUAGUGAAUGGAGUUUUGGCUUCUUGCUAUGUAUCAUUGCAAGGGCCUCAUCCCAGAGAUGCUGCUGACUCUCAAAUCACCAUGAAAGGAGGUUGGGUCCUUCCACUGGUGUCUCAGCAUGACUUUAUCCAUUACUCUCUGUCGCCCUUUCGUAUGGUCUGUACCAACACAUGGCUUCCAAGAGCUACCAAAGGUCCCAUUUGCCAUUCCUAUGAUGCCAAGGGGUAUCCUUAUUGGAUUGGAAUGGCCAUGCAGGCAUUCCAUUGGGUGGAUAGUCUCCAUCUCGAGCUUCAAUUUGUGGCUCUUGUAUUGUGGCUGGCCGUGGUGGUGCCGAGCAUAGCUAUAGAGUGGUUGCUGGCAAAAACCUCUUCUGUUCUUGUUGUUGUUGGAUGCACAACCACGGCUGCUCUGAUUGUUGGCAGCCUUCUUGUUGCCAAGAAGUUUUCCGCUAAUAACAUGCCUUCCUUCCGUGGUUGAUGCAAGCAUACAUUGAAUGUCUGUGGAAAUAACGACGUCAAUCCGGUCCUGCCACAGGCCGAGCUAGUUGUAGGCAGUUGUUUGCCCGUACCGUACUUUCAAAUCGAAUCAAUCGAAUCGUUGCAACUAACUGAAUUUGAACCGCUCGAAUGAUACGGUAUCUUUCUAGUAGCUACCGGUCACAGGUCAUUUUCGGUACACGACUGCAUUGGAACGGGACCGAGGAUGCUUGGAACGGGACCGAGGAUGCUUGGAACGGGACCGAGGAUGCUUGGAAC